AUGUAUACUUUGGUGGAGGUAGCACUCAGCAUUGGAGUGCUCGCCACUCUUGUUACCGCUCUUACAGUCUGUGUAUGUGGCUGCAAAAAUAACAACCAAAAAAGUGAGUUGGUUGGUACAGCCGGUGUGGUCAAAAUCCGUUUAGAUGAGGAGGUACCAUCACCGACACCGACCACUCCUGCCUCCAUUAAGCGGGCUUCAACGCAAAACAGUCAGCGAAGUCUUCCAGAGAUACCACAUGCUGUUGGUAGACAUGACAGCGGUGACACUGCCUCGGAAAUAUAUGCUACAGUCAAUUUGGAUGAAGGAAAUAAAGCGGUGGCGGCGUCUUCGAGUCGAGAUCAUCCGUACGAGCACGCGUACGCUAAACUACAGAACGAGAGCCAUAAUGUGACCGUUGAAAUAACUCCCGAUGAAAGAUCAGAUGUGAUAGAAGUGGAAGAAAGAGAUGCGGGGACCUCAGCCUCUGAGGGCGUGUUAAUAUCAGCGUCUGUGGCCAUCAGUGGUCAGCUCCCGUCAAGUCAGGAGCUGCCAUACAUCACGCCGCCGUCUCCGAGACCUGAACAACACUUUAGUGGCGACUCUACAGACUCAGCCAAGGGAUACACCAGUAUAUCUGUUCGUGAGCCGCUCAGUAACAUACGCGCAGCAAACACACGCACGCACGCACACUACGCCACUGUCUCAGAUGACUCAGAUGAAAUGUACGCAGCCAUAGAGGAGGCGAGUGUAGGCGAGGGUUCAGACACGUACGCUCAGAUAGCGACUGAACCACGGCGACAGACUAACGAGGUCAACGACCCCGCCAACAAACAACUCACUAAUACGCUGCAAGCUGAACAGAGUACACAUCAUGCGAGGCGAAGCGCUCCACCUGAGAUCGGCGCGUCCGUUUCAAACGCAACACAACAUUCCAGACAAGCCUCAAUGUCUUCGUGUUCCAACUCCACGGGCGCCCUCGGUUCCCCCAAGCCUGAGAAGCGCCAGGCGAACUCCCCCCUGCCCCCUCCGCCGGCACACGCGCCGCCCCCCGCUGGAGAUGUGCUAGCCAUGAGACACCAGCGGAUAUCGAGCACAGGUGAUCUACACUUCAACCAUGAUAAGUUACGGCGGAGUCUCAACGAGAAGCAUCAGAGAAAUAACAGCUGCGUCAGCUCAUCGGACUUCUACGGCUGUAACUAUCCUGUGGAGAAACACAGGUUCAGUUCAGGAGACCUCAUACGACCUCUGGUGGCCAAAGAACUCAACUUCGACAUCGACCAGAAGGAAAACCCAGCGGAUAAUUUAUACAAUUCUAUAGACGGGCCCGGGUACAGCGACUACUCGUCCACAGACGCUAACACGAGCAUACAGUCAGAACAAAGGACCACAGAGAGUCCCUCGAGGAAUGUAGAGGAAAUGUACGCUAAGGUCAUGAAGAAAAAGACGAAAGAUGAGAUACGGUCCAAGGAGGUCCCGAACAACGAGAAUACUGUGUUGAAAUACAGAGGAGACGAUCCAGGAUACGAAACUAUAGACCGCAAACAAUCCAGUCACGGAUAUGAAACUAUAGAGAGGAACGAGCAGAGAUCCAACCAGGAUCCGGGAUACGAAACAGUCAAGGACAUCAAUAAAUCCACACUCACGACCUUCACAAAUAACAACUUAUCAAAGUUAAACCAUCUGUCCGUGGACAGCGGACCCAACAGUAUAAUCAGCAGUGACGCGGGUUAUGAACUUAUCGCGAAAACGGACGCCAACGCCUCUGAUUCGGACCCAAAUUACGAAGUAUUACGAAAUCAACCACCCACACCUCCCUAUGCAACCAUAGCACCAAACUAUAAAGUACAGCCGACUUACUCAACAGUGAAUAAACGACCGACGAAAUAUAACAACUGGCCUAACAAUAAUGAAGAAGCCAUGUUAGAACCGAACUACGAAUCGAUGACCAAUGAUCCGUUCUACACGACCGGCAGCGAGUCGGAUCCGAACUAUGAAUCCGUCCGUCCGAAGGAACCGAACUACGAGUCCUUGAGGUGCAAGGAUCCGAAAUACGAAUCCGUGCGCUCCAAGGAUUCUAAAUACGACUCUGUGAGAUCCAAGAAAGAUCCCAACUACGAAAGCGUCAAGUACUUCGAGCUAUCGAACAGAGACGAAGCCUCGGGGAUCGACCGAUCCGAUUCUACCGCUGGUUACGAGAAAAUUAAUGUCCAAAAAGACGCAAAAAACAGUAUUAACAAUGGCACCGACUGCACUGUCAGUGAUUAUUUCCAAGUGUAA